AUGCAUCAUUUGUUUUUUGUUACAGGCGACUGUGAAGGCGUGGGCAGGUGUCUGGUUGAGCAGGCGCGCAGGCAGGGCUCGCAGGACAACAUCACUGCGGUCGUGGUCUUCUUGAGACCCGUUGACGUCCUUAUGGAGGAAGAGGCAGCACGACGCCAGGCUGGCGAGAUUCCCGAAGGGGAGAUGGACCCCUCAUGGCUGAUGAAGAAGGAUGCCGCACCCUCGACCAUUUACGAGAUAUUCUCGAACAAUGUGGGGACAUUCAAUCCCGAUUCCCCUACGAACAAACCGGGUGGGGACUAUAAUCCAUUCAGUCCUGACACCUCAGCAACCGUUGACCCUAUGGGCAACGGAGAAGCCGGAAACGGAUCGCCUGCACCGCCUUAUCAAUUCGCUUCCAAUGAACAGGUUGGACACGAUUAUGACCUGUCGGCGGGUCUCCCUGAUACUCAUUCUGCUGAUCCAACCAUGGAAGACGUGGAAUCUGCUUUGGCGGAGUUGGACAGCUUACCUGAUGGUGACAUUGAUCCUAGCAGUGAACAUUACGACAAUCAAGAAGAUAAGGAGAUCGUGAAUGAAGUGGCUGAUCAGCAUUCCAAACCUGUUCUUGAGGGCAUUGAGUCCAUCACUGUGCAAAACGGCGAUCCCUCUUCUCCGUCCAGCCCAAGAUCUGUUGAAGGUUUUGUCACAUCUGUUGAAUUGAACCCAGCUCAAGAACAGUAUUCAGGUGUAGACUUGCACGAACACGAAUCAGCUGAGCAGCCUAGUGGACCAUUCAGUGUCUAUGUCAGCAGCUCGCCCGAGCCUGCCAGUCUGGAUCCUCUCGCAAAUGCUGUUGAAGCAAUAAAUUCAGAAGUGACUGUCAUCAGCGAAGAAGGGGCUCAGAAUUAUCAAAGUUCAACAUCCCCAGUGACGGUGGAGACUAGUGUCCGCGACUUUGCAGAACAGGGUGUUGAAAUUGUGCAUGCCCAGUCAGUUGUGGAAGUUGAAGCUCCACCUUCCCCGACCGAAAUGGCUUCAUCUCCGAGUCAGGUGUCUGAGGAACAGUUCCCUCCGCAGUCGUUUGACGGGGCAUCUUCUCCAUCUCCUGCUUUCACACAGGCUCCUCUGAAUGACCUCAUGUCCACUUCAAUGAUUCUGGAAAAACCGAUAUCUGAUGCUCCUGAGGAUGUUGAAGAAAUGAUGCAGUAUCUCGGUGGGAACAAUGAAGUGCUCUACAACAAUCUGCAAGAGCCUGAAACUGCGCAGGUUCUCCACAUCUCAUCUGACAGUGAUAGAAUCCUCAGUCCUGAAGCUACCCACUUUCAUGAUGGAAGUAGCAGUGGCAUUUCAGCUGCCCAAGUGGAUGCGCCUGUGUCACCUAUUGAUGCCCACUUGUCUCCUCUAGCUGCGCCUUUCAUGCCAAGCGAAGUCAAUCUAUCGCCCAAUGCACCUGAAUUCUCUCCACGGGAGAGCUCUCUAUCACCCGAAGCUGCUUCUUUCACACCAAAUGAUUGCCCCUCAUCGCCACCUGCCGUUGCUCCGCGGAGUCCUGUGUCAAAUAAUGUGCCAUCUCCGGAUGCAGAGGAACUGCUUGUUGAACAAAUGAACCAAGCCAACCUCAAUGCAUCUUACCAAGCGGAAGAGCCUGUUCACUCCCCUGAACCCAUCACUGCUGAUUUGGCACAACAAAAUCCUGUUGUUGAAGAGAUGUCUAAUGAGUUUCUUCUCUCUGAUGAACUUCAGGCCGCUCCUGUCAGUGAUGUUAUGCCUUCCACUCCAAUCAAAGCUCCCAUGAUUGAUGACAGGCCGGUUUCCCCCAUUCAUACUCCUAAAGCUGACAUCCAUCCCAGAGACGAGGAAAUCAUUUCAGAAAUCGUACCUCCUACUGUAGAGGGAGCAACUGCCACCAAGAAGGCUCCAGUUAAGCCGGCACCUCGUACUGCUGGAAUUGCUGCACGCUCUAGAUUGACGCCUAGUGGAACGAAAACCACCCCUACUACGGCUGCAAAAGCUACUCCUGCAACUAAGACUGCAGCAGCAGCCUCUGCCAAAGCUUCUCCUGCUACCUCUUCCGUAAAGCCUGGCACACCCAGACCUACAGCACGCACAACCCCCGGUGGUGCAGUGCGCAGCAGCGCCACCACGGCCAUUACCAAAAUUACUCCAACCACUCGUGCUACGGCUCGUACAACUACCAUAACUACUCGCACUACCACCACCCCGACAUCUCGCCCAUCUUCUGCUACAUCCACUCGAACAACCACAACAACUACCACCACCCGCACUCCUCUUGCGUCGCGCACGACCACCCCCUCAGCCUCUCGCUCUACUCCCAGUAACUCAACAACUCGCACUACUCCUGCAAGUGCUCCUGCUUCGCGACCUACGCCAAGCACUCGCACUACCCGACCUGGUGUGACACCAUCAUCCGCUCGUAGCUCUGCUACCCCUUCAUCUGCUACUCGCACAUCCAGCCGCCCAUCGUCUGCUGCAACCACUCCCACAACAGCCCGCAAAGUGCCCAUCACCCGUCGUCCUCUGACAACUGCAGCUAAGGACAGCACUGAUUCCAAGUCAGAUCCUACCACCACGACCAAAAAUUCUACUGCAGCACGCGUGCCACUUGUUCGUAAGCCUCUUUCUGCUCCUAGGACGACCGCUGCCAAGCCUGCUGAAUCCGAAAAGAAGGAUAUUAAGAACAGCACCAACAAACUAUUGUCAUCCUCUUCUCGUUCAUCUACUGUCACGAGGACCACCACUCGAACUACCACAGCCGCAGCACCUACUCACAAACCUACUGCUGCCAAAACAACAACAACCACUCGGAAGUCCACAACAACGAUCACAGGAUUGAAGUCACGAACGGCCAGUUCUGUUGUCGCAAAGAGCAAAACUGCCUCGGACGAGCCUGCUGUAAUUGACAAUGAUGAUAAAAAUGUCAAGGAGGUUCCUUCUCCGGAGACCGAAGGAGAAGAGAUAAAGCAGGCACAGGAAGAGACGAGUGUUGAAGUACUCACUAAGGAAGUCAAUGAAAUUCACCUGAACGGAGAAGCAGAGUUGAUCACCACUACAACCACAGUCGAGGAAGUGCUCAUCAAUGGUAACGGUGAACAUUAGCCAUUUUUUGAACGAUUUUAAGGUUUAUAUUUACCGUAUUUGAUCUUGAAAAAUCUUGUAUUGUUGAAUUUGUAGGCUACAUAUUCUAUCGCAUUCACUUUCAAAGCCAGCAGAGGAAAAGCCAUGAAGCAUGAUCUAUCUUCUCGUAUGAGGAUUAAAUACAAGAAUUGUGGCAAAGCUGGUUCAGCGAUUGUUUAGUCAAAUUACAGAUAGGAUCUGCUUUUUCUGUACAUCAUACUCGAUAGAGGGUGCUAACGCUUUGUUUUGUAUCGCCCUUUGUUGCCUUUUUUUACCAUCAAAGAUGAUGGCUAAUGAAAGCUUGGCUUGUUCUUAUUUCUGAAGCGUUGCCAGUGUAAGUUUUUAUAUGAUUUGUUUCGAACCGGUAUUUCCUAAGUCCACUCUUGAUUCAUUCUGAAUUUUGUCAAAUAAGUAGAGAAUGAAGUUAGAGUUCUUGUAUUUUAAUCAGAGAAAUUUGAUCCCAGAUUCAGACACAUUUUUUGGCGUUCUUAAGUCGUACCACUUCAUUUCUGUCCAAUGAUGUUAACAUCUUUUGAAUUUUCAUAGAUAAUAAAGCGAUAGGAAACAAGUACGUAUUCUCUGUUAUUUUUAAAAUGCUUGUCAUCAUUCAAAAUUUGAGCCUGUUCAAUUGAACGUCAAUUCAAAACGGCAAGAAUUAGCAGUAAAACUGGAUUUCUUUCUUGCGUGAAUAAAGAUUUUUUGUUAUGAUUUUGUACAUAGCCUAUCGUUUAAGUUCAUAUCCUUAUUUUUUGAAACAUAAUUUGGCACUUACGUUAGAAUGGUUCGCGCAACUAAAUAUUUUGUCGAGUGGAAUAAAACUUGCUAAAUAGUCACAACUCGUGUAAGUUUUAAUUUUCGUAUAACUGCUUGCUUUUACAUUCUUAAAGAGUUAGCUGUACUCCAGUCAUGGAGAGAUAGCUUGGUUUUUCAUGCUUAUAAAGUGCCUUUCUGUGGUCCAUUCCAUAUGUUAAAUAUGAGUUAUUUAAACUGUCGCUAUCAUUCUUUAUUUGCUCUCGGAAAUUUGUCACACUUGAAAAGAAUGUAGCCUUAUGCACUUAUAUGAUGGAGUAGGUUCAGUUGUACCAAUUGUUUUAGUUGUAAUUCUGACUUCACUCCCGCUGCAAUUGCAUGUAAUGGAUAGAUGAGAAGAAAUUAAUGUUUUUGAAUGUAAAGAGGCGAGCUUAUUGUGAUGGACCUCAGGAGGAACUCGCUCUGUGCGUCGCACCUACUUCACCCACAGGUGGAGGUUGGUGCGUCUCUCAUUGAGUAGUUUGCGAGAUAACAGUACAGAAAGAACCUAUUCCAAUUGCUUACAAACUUGCAUAGACAGGGCUUGUUCACCAUGAGGUCCUUGCUUUCAUGCUUUUACUUUAGAAGUUGCUCGGAACUCGUAACAGUGAAAAUAGCCAUCAUUGUAUAGUGAUAAUUAAAAAAUAGUAUUCCA